CCUGUCAUGUUAUUCUGACGUUAUUAUUGUUGUUUAUGUGCGAAAGAAAUUCAGCAAUAUUGCACGAGAUUGAAAGAAUUUGUUGAAUUACUGGUACAAUGGUAUAAAUUUCAAGAUGCCGAGAAGUCUGCCAUUAAGAAUAAGUAUAAGAGACUGUUUCGUUUUAGUUUUAUUAGUUAUAUUUAAUACUAUUCACAUUACUGAUAUGGCUAACAAUAAUAUGGACGUACAGAGCAAAGAAAGUAAAAUGAAGGAUGAUUCAAAUGACAAAGGGGUGAAUUUUAGUGAUAAUGAAGAAUACUUGAAGAGUUGUCACUUUGCUGACCAGGACGCUGCUGAAUGUUCCUCUCUUCAGUAUCCUUGUAUAACUUGUGAUCGCAGCAUAGAUUGUCGAUAUGGAGGCUUCUAUAAUUACUCCUGCACUGUCAAACCAAAAAUAGUUUGCAAUGGUAGCAAAACCUUCAACAGGACUGCUAUGUGUAGAUUUUGUUAUCAAACAGAGAAAUGGGAACAUCGCUGUGACCAGAAAGCAAACUGCAAUUCUCUGGCAUCACCGCUGAAGUUUUACUUGACUAACUGCACAGUGUCAGAUGAUGUGCUGUGUCUAGGAAAGCGCAGGUUCCUAAAGAAGAUUCAAUGUUCCUGGACUGCCGGCACUCGCUGGGGUACGGCAGUGAUCCUUGCGCUCACCCUCGGAGGAUUUGGAGCUGAUCGGUUCUACCUUGGCCACUGGCAAGAAGGCAUUGGAAAACUUUUCAGCUUCGGUGGACUGGGAGUCUGGACUCUAGUAGAUGCCUUACUUAUUGGAAUUCACCACCUCGGGCCAGCCGAUGGCUCCCUCUACAUUUAAAUAAUUGUCUCAGUUGUCUUUAAUUAAUUUAGUGUCUCUGUAAUUUACUUAUUUAUUUUUAAUAGAAUUAUCUUUUGUUUUAA